GCUCGGACUUUCUCAGCAGGGAAUUGUAGUCUGAAGAGGCACACCUGCCGGAACGUGUACACACACCUCUACACGUGGCAUCCUGCUGCUCGACUUCUAUGGUGAUUUUGUCUCGUGGCUCCGCCCCCACGGUGAAGUAAAACGUAUAUGUACAGCAGCAGACUGUAUGGGUUGUCAGAGCAAAUGCUGAAGAGCUACAGAGCAGCUUUUCUCAUCUCACGAGCAGAGACACACAGAGACAAACAUGGUUUGCGAGCAACGCUUUGUGAUCAGUGCCCGGAUCAUUGGAUCCGUGCUCAGGGACACACCAAAACUCAAGAUGUUCAUGGUAUCUGUGUUAUGGUCUGAUGAGGCUGAAAUAAUCAUCUACAGGUCCUUCCAGGACUUUAAGAAAUUUCAUAGGACACUGAAGAAGAGGUUCCCUCAUGUGAACCCUUUCCGCAGAAACAACAGAGUGAUCCCCAAAUUUAAUGGGAAGGCAAGGAGGAGCCUCCAGCAGACAGGAUCAAAGCAAGCCAUGCAACGCAUGAAGUUCCUGGAGAGCUACUGUGUUGACCUGCUGAAAUGCGACCAAAUAGUGACUCAGAGCUCAGAGCUCACUCAGUUCUUCAUGCCCAAAGACCACGACCUGCAGACAGACUACACAAAGAACAGCAUCAUGAUCCUGCUGUCUGAUGCCUCAGAUGGAGGAGGGGACCACCAGAGUGCAGGGAGCAUCACCCACCCUCUGGUCACCCGGACUUACCGCUGCGUGGCUGCUUAUGAGACCAAAGAUGCCAAAAAUCGUCCGUUUAAGGUGGCUGUGGAUGAGAAGCUGGAUGUCCUCAUUAAAGACCCUGCAGGCUGGUGGCUGGUGGAGAACGAGGAGAAGCGCUUGGCUUGGUUUCCUGCUCCUUACCUGGAGUUGUGGGAUGAAGAGGACGAUGAUAAUCAGGAUGCUGGAUUCCAGUUGGGAGGUACCCUGUACUGUACUGUGAGGACUUUCACGGCUAGCAAGGACGACGAGGUGUCUGUGCCAAUCGGCUCUGUGGUCGAGGUGCUGAGGAAGUCUGAUGACGGCUGGUGGCUCGUCAGAUUUAACGGUAAGGGAGGUUACAUCCCCUCCAUGUACCUGCAACCAUACAACAACCCUCGUGCAGGCCUUCACAGUGUGCAGAAGAAGCUGCUCAGCUCUACCCUGAACCUUUCUGCAACCAGCAGUGAACCCCGGUCUUCUCCUCCACCCAGCAUCAAUGAGGAAAACAGCCCACAGCUCGAUUCUGCAGGUCCAUCCAGAGGAGAGCCCAGUGUGCCCGGGCGUCUGCACAAAGCCCGAUCUCUGGAUGUCCUCUCUGAGAGCUGGACGCAGGCUCAGCAGGCAGAGCGGGGCCCCUCCACCUCCCAGAACCAAGCCCGCAGAACAAGCAACAUCAGCAACACCAGCGACACCAGCGACACCAACGACGAGCUCAGCUUCUCCAGCUUCUCCGGCUUCUCCCGCUUCUCUUCAGACAGCGACUCAUCCUCGAGUGUGAUGGAGGCAGCGCAGCAGUGUGACAUCAGCCAAAGUACACACAGCAGCCCUCGUAUGAGCCCCUCAGAGCAUCGCAGCUCUGGCAAGAGCACUAAAAGCUUCACAUCUGCAGAGUCUAGUGGCAGCGAGAUGUCUGCAAGCGCUCCCAGGGUGCCACCCAGACCCAAAACCGAGGAGAUCCUGACCCGCUGCACCACCAUGACGAGGAAGGCAGCUAUGGCCACCAAGACCAGGCUUCAGAUCCAGCCACAGUCCAUCCAAAGCCGCUGAGAAGUCACAACCUUGAGUUUUGAGAUUGAAAUCAUACUAUCAGAAAUAUUGUUGAUUCAAUAUGCUUGAUAUUAACUUCACAAACCUUUCCAUAGGUCUGUCAGUCAAAUGAGCUGCAUAGCAAUGCUUUUUAAUUCUUGUCAGAGCAAUCAUUGAAAAGAGAAAGUAGCAGUGACUAGAGUAAUGUUUGCGGCAUUCGAUUAAGUCAUGAGCAGACAUUGUUCAUUUGAUCAAAGAAGGCGUGACAUGUUAGGCUAGAUGUUUCACUAAGUGUUAGAAUCUUGUAGCUUCAAUGAAGCGUAGAGGAGAGCAGGGAAAAAAAGAUAUGUGAACUGAUCACAUUGAAAAGAGUAACCUACUCUAGUUUUUCUCACUCAUAGAGAAAGUCAAAUGUAAUUGGAGUUCAGGAUGUUAUAUAUUUAUGAUUAUUUACUUACACUAAACUUCAACUAUUUACAAAAGGAAAAAAAAGAUAUUUAUGUGUUUUUCCUUCUGCAACAUUACAUACUUAGCACUUUAACUUAUUACUAUGUUGUAUUUAAACAUAAUGUACUUGCCUGUUGUGAACAGUAGCAAUGGAAACCCCAGUAAACAGCUGAUGGGUGUGGUAUACAUGCUUAAAAGGAUGACCUACCAGUAUCCUGUCAGAGCUUGUUCUAUUUAAUUAUAACCUGUGCUUUUGUUUCAUUGUUUGUUUUAUGAGUGUUCACCUCUCUGUCAACAGUAUACUGCAGUAUAAUCUUUCACAUGUAUGAGUUACACAGAAACAGAUCAAUAAAAUCAGAUUUGAAUCAAAUUGA